AGGAGCACAUGAAUGAAACAAGAAAUAAGAUGGAGAAGAAGAUUGCUUUUGUGCUUUUUGCCACCAUUUGUGCUGUAGUAACAGAAGGUGUCCUAGUCAGAGCAGGAGAGGCUUUCCGAUGUCAGUGCCUGAAGACUGUCUCACAGUUUAUCAACCCCAAGCGUCUUGUUGACAUCGACAUAAUUAAUUCAGGAGUGCACUGCAAGAGGGUAGAAGUCAUAGUGACACUUAAAUCAGGACACAAAGUCUGUGUGGAUCCCGAAGCCAAAUGGGUGAAGAUGAUUAUUGAAAGACUCCUGAAGAAAUAAAGAUGCCCUGUUUACAUUUUCUUCUUGAUGUUUGUUAAAGCGAUCGGAGGGCAUUUUACAAAAGAUUUUAAUUGAAAAAUUCUUAACAUGCUUUUGCACAUUGUUCCACUUUCUAAAAUACUGCUAGAUUCCUCUUCAUUACAAACAUUAAAGUGUCUUUAGUGGAAUUGGAUCCGCUAAUUAGGUCCAUUAUACAUUAUGUA